AUGAAGGGUGCCUUUCCAGAAAUGGAAAGCUACUCGUCGUACUUCCGAGAUGAGGAGGAAUGCGAGAUAAGCUACGGAAAGGAAACACUCUCGCUUCCGGCAUUGGGCGUCAUCCUCAUGCAGCGUGAGCGUGACCGUCAAAUGGAGACAUCACUCACGGCAAACGAUUGCGGUGUGGUUCUUACCACAGAUCUGCGAGAGAGGAUGGACUACGCUUGGGCCUAUGCCAUGACCAACGAAGCCGAAGGUCGCAAAGGACUUGUCGAUCAGAUGCUGCCAAGGGUCGAUGCGGGGCAGAGGAAGACGUUCAAGCUCGAACAUGCCAUCGAGCCAUCUACUGCGGCCGCAGUUGAAGACAAUGCGACCCGACGAGCCGCACGGCGACAUCAACCAGUGAACAGCUUGAUGAAGGGUCGAGUCCUGGAGGAGGGUGAGAAGCAAUUGUCUGACAAUGUGAAAGCGUCAUUGCAGCGAGCCCUGAACGAUGCCAUGGCUGAAGUAGGCAAGAAGGUUUCAGUCUCAACGGAACGCCGACGUCUCGCCACCUGCGAUGCCUAUGACGCGGUGCUGGUAGAUUCUGCCAGACAUGCAUCGCUGCUACUACCGGUGCUUGGAGUCUUCUUGACCCUGGUCACCAGCUGA